AUGGAAGUCCUCGCGCCGCAGCGACGUCACCGCGGGCGCCACGUUCGGACGACGUGGUCGCCCGAGGUCGUCAUUCUAGAAGUCCUAUUGACCAUUCGGGUGUCCAGCCAUAUAUUCCAUGGCGUUCGGGCCGAGACCGUGGAUCAGCUCUGGGAUUGGGUGGAUGUGGAGAGUCUCCUAUGGGUUUUGGACACCGGCACAGAGUUGACACUGUGGCGAGACUUUGAGGCUCGCCCGCGCAUCAGCAACAUGGACUCCACCCAUCGCAUCGAAGCCAUCCUCGGGAUGCAUGAGUCGGCGGGUAGCAACGUGUACCUAGGCGUGAAGUGGAGAGACUACGGCUGUCCCACGUGGGAGCUCGAAGAUGAAAUACCCCUGCUUCAUCUUGCAGGCAUGCCCGCACCCGUCACUCUAUAGGGCGUAAAGAACAGCGCAGAAUGGCUGGACGUCCUCGGAGACAUAUCAUAGCGCCACAGCUUGUUCGGCACAUCCGCGUUGGCUGCCAGAAUCUGGCCGUGGGGGCAUCAUGGGUACUCGGAGCAUCACG